AUGAAUAAACUUAAUAAACCUGAAUCUAGAGUUUAACGCAACAUUCGUAUAGUUAUGUCCAAUAUAAAGGAAGAACAAUAAUAAAAAGGUAUCCUUAUAAUUUGAAUUUUAUUAAGUUGUUAAAUAUUUCAGUCAUCUUAAACAAGAGUCUGAGUUAGCAAAACCUAGAUAUGCUCAUUCAUAAUUUCCAUAGUAGAAAUUUUAUUAAAGUGUUGCAGAACCUAGUCUAAUUGAUUUUUAACUUGAAAAUCUGAAUUUAAAAGUUAGUAAAGUGGGAACUUUAGUUGAACCUAUGAUUCCAAUAGAAGAAAUUCCAUAGAAACCUAUAAUAAAAAAAUUUAAAGUGUUAAAGCAUCCAGUGUUUUUAACUGAAAACACAAUUAACAAGAUAGAACCAUAAGAAAAACCUAGUGAAUUACCUAUAUCAAUAAAACGAAGCACUAAAUAAUAAAUGAUGAAUAAUGAAAUUCUUCAUCGUCUAGGAUUGUUAAGUGUAUAAGCUAAGAGGGAACUUCAAAUUGAAAAAUUAAGUAAUAGAGCUCUUAAAGUAUCUAAAAGUAAAGAAACAUCAUCAAUAAUUCAUAAAUAACUUGAAGCAAUUACUCUAUAAAUGAAAGAAAAUGAUAAGCAAGAACAAAUUUUAUUAACUCAAAGAUGUACUACCUCAGCAUCUGGUGCAUCAAGAAAAGCAUAUGAUUAUUAAGAUGAAUAUUUGGUUGAUUGUCUUACUGAAAGACUUAAUUUGAUAUAUAGUGUAUAAACUUUUAAAAAUAGACCUUAAACAAGAAUAACUAAGAGAAAAAUUCACAAUUUUUUUAAAACAGUGACUAUGGCUCAUUUGGAUAAUUUAGACGAAAUUAAGAAGGAUGAUCAAAGUAUUCAGAUAUAAAUUAAAUCUAUUAAAGAGAAGUUGCAAUUAUGUAAGAGACGUCUAUUGGAUUACAACGAUGAAAUAGAAAUAGCUCUAACAGAAGAAAUGAAAGGGCAAGUCAUUGAAUAUAAAAAUAUUAUUAAAAAUAAUAAAAAAUGA